GGGGUGGGGAGGAACCUGCAGUGGCUUCUUGGAAGCAAGGAUGACCAUGCUGGGGAGGCUCCGGAGGGGUUUCCGACAGGUGUCUCCUCAGGUGGUGCUGCUCCUGCUCUUUGCCUUCUGCCUGCUCAGUGUUUUCAUCUCGGCAUAUUAUUUAUAUGGGUGGAAGAGGGGCCUGGAGCCCUCUGGGGAGAUCCCAGGCCCAGACUGUGACGAACCCAAGAUUGCCCCUUCUCGCCUGCUCCCCUUGAAGCCCCUCAAGGUGGCUGAUUCAUCCCGCACGGACCCCUUGGUGCUGGUGUUCGUGGAAAGUCUGUACUCUCAGCUGGGCCAGGAGAUCAUUGCCAUCUUAGAAUCCAGUCGCUUCAAAUACCGGACAGAGAUUGCCCCCGGGAAGGGGGACAUGCCCACCCUGACCGACAAGGAUCGGGGACGCUUCGCGCUCAUCAUUUACGAGAACAUCCUCAAGUAUGUGAACUUGGAUGCCUGGAACCGUGAGCUCUUGGAUAAGUACUGCGUGGAGUAUGGCGUGGGAGUUGUCGGCUUCUUCAAGGCCAACGAGAACAGCUUGCUGAGUGCUCAGCUGAAGGGCUUCCCACUCUUUCUCCACUCCAACCUGGGGUUGAAGGACUGCAGCAUCAACCCCAAAUCCCCGCUCCUGUACAUCACACGCCCCAGCGAGGUGGAGAAGGGCUUGCUUCCAGGAGAGGACUGGACCGUCUUCCAGUCCAACCAUUCCACCUACGAGCCGGUACUCCUGGCCAAGACCAAGUCAGCAGAGUCCAUCCCGCACAUGAGCGUCGAUGCUGCGUUGCACACCACCGUGGUGCAGGACCUGGGCCUGCACGACGGCAUCCAGAGAGUGCUCUUUGGGAACAACCUCAACUUCUGGCUGCAUAAGCUGGUCUUCGUGGAUGCCGUCUCCUUCCUGACUGGCAAGAGGCUCUCCCUUCCCCUCGACCGCUACCUCCUGGUGGACAUCGAUGACAUCUUCGUGGGCAAGGAGGGCACUCGCAUGAAGGUCGAAGACGUAAAGGCUCUGUUUGACACUCAGAACGAACUGCGCACCCACAUACCCAACUUCACCUUCAACCUGGGCUACUCAGGGAAAUUCUUCCACACAGGCACGGAUGCUGAAGACGAAGGAGAUGACCUGUUGCUGUCUUACGUAAAGGAGUUCUGGUGGUUCCCACACAUGUGGAGUCACAUGCAGCCUCAUCUCUUCCACAACCAGUCGGUGCUAGCGGAGCAAAUGACCAUGAACAAGAAAUUCGCUGUCGUGAGUGAAAGGAUACGCUCUUACCUGGAGGGCACUGACACCAGGCACAAGCCUAGUGCAGACAAGGCAGGCUGUCAUGUUCAGGAGCAUGGCAUCCCCACCGACAUGGGGUACGCUGUGGCACCCCACCACUCCGGCGUCUACCCCGUCCAUGUGCAGCUAUAUGAAGCGUGGAAGCAGGUUUGGGCGAUCAAAGUCACAAGCACAGAGGAGUAUCCUCAUCUGAAACCAGCCCGCUACCGACGGGGCUUUGUCCACAAUGGGAUCAUGGUACUCCCGCGGCAGACCUGUGGCUUGUUCACACACACCAUCUUCUAUAACGAAUACCCUGGUGGCUCCAGUGAACUGGACAAGAUCAUCAAUGGAGGGGAGCUGUUCCUGACUGUGCUACUUAACCCUAUCAGUAUCUUCAUGACCCACCUGUCCAAUUAUGGCAACGACCGCCUGGGUUUGUACACCUUCAAACACCUGGUCCGCUUCCUCGGCUCCUGGACCAACCUGAAGCUGCAGACGCUGCCACCCAUGCAGCUGGCACAGAAAUACUUCCAGAUCUUCUCUGAGGAGAAGGAUCCACUGUGGCAGGAUCCCUGUGAGGACAAGCGGCAUAAGGACAUUUGGUCCAAAGAAAAGACAUGUGACCGGUUCCCAAAGCUUCUCAUCAUUGGACCUCAGAAAACAGGGACGACAGCCCUCUAUCUGUUCCUGGGGAUGCACCCGGACCUCAGCAGCAACUACCCCAGCUCGGAGACUUUUGAGGAGAUCCAAUUCUUCAACGGACACAAUUAUCACAAGGGCAUUGACUGGUACAUGGAAUUCUUCCCCAUCCCCUCCAACACCACCUCUGACUUCUACUUUGAGAAGAGCGCCAAUUACUUCGACUCAGAAGUGGCCCCCAGGCGGGCGGCCGUGCUGCUCUCCAAGGCCAAGGUCAUCACCAUCCUCAUCAACCCUGCAGACCGGGCCUACUCCUGGUACCAGCACCAGCGAGCUCAUGAUGAUCCAGUCGCUCUGAAAUUCACCUUCCACGAGGUGAUCACAGCUGGGCCUGAGGCUUCUCAGAAGCUCCGAACGCUACAGAACCGCUGCCUGGUACCGGGCUGGUACGCCACCCACAUUGAGCGCUGGCUGAACAGCUAUCAUGCCAACCAGAUCCUUGUUCUGGAUGGCAAGCUGCUCCGAACGGAACCAGCCAAAGUGAUGGAAACAGUCCAGAAGUUCCUUGGCGUGACGAACUUCAUAGACUACCAUAAAACCCUGGCGUUUGAUCCAAAGAAAGGAUUCUGGUGCCAACUGCUGGAGGGAGGGAAGACCAAAUGCUUGGGGAAAAGCAAAGGGAGGAAAUACCCAGAGAUGGAUUCAGAUUCACGAGCCUUCCUGAGGGAUUAUUACCGGGACCACAAUGUAGAGCUGUCCAAGCUGCUAUACAAAAUGGGUCAGACGCUGCCAACCUGGCUGCGGGAGGAACUCCAGAACGCUAGGUAGCUGCUGCUAUUAUCGCCUUACUGAGCAAUAGUGACGCGAGCCCACGAAGAAGAUCCCAAAUCGAACACCGAGCCAAGCAGACAGGAGCGGGAGGGAAAGGCUGCCGGGAAAAGCAUUUCUGAGCAAUAUUCAGCCAAGGUCUUUGAGCGAGAACCCAUGUGGUCAUCAGUAUGGCAUACGGGAGCGAACUGUCUCUUCUGAGGGCCCUUAAAGUUGUGCGACUGCCUGACUCUGCAAACCCAGUGCAAAUUCUCCAAGAGCUGUUGUCUUCUGAGGUCCCUGUCAACGAGGUCACUUCCUGGGUUGUGAUGUCAUUUCCUAUGAGGGGGGAUUCCCUGCUUCUCCAUACCUGGAUGGGGUUAACUUCUCCAUAUCUAAGACAGUAUUACAGCAACUCUGAGACUCUUCUCGUCAGAUAAUGGAGCUGAGGACCCUUCCAAGAUGUGGACAACUCUUUGCAAAGCUGGCUUGGAGAACAGGAGCACGACGUGCUGUUUGAGGUCAGAGUCACAAAGGGGCCGACCUAACCGACCCAAGUCUGCAGUCACAUUUCAAACAAAGUGAAGUGAGACAACAUAAAAGAAUGGAGUGUCCUGGGUUCUCGCAAGACCUAGCGCUAAGUGCUGGAAGAGGUCUCUGGAUUUUUUUUAAAGAAGACUUUAAGACGUGGCAAUAUUAGUUUGUCACCAGUGAAUUCUCCCUCUCCCCCAGCCUUUUAUUUUAUUGUAUUUUAUUUUAUUGAUGAGUGAGAGCUUGACUGGUGACUGUCUCAUUUGGUAAGAGAACUGAACUGAGAACUGGUUCCAGAGUGGUUACAAAGGAAAAAUAUGCACCCUGCCCCCCUUCCCGCGUGGCAAUGUUUUAUAUACGUGGUGUUUUCUGUGGUAAAAGACUGAGGUUGUCCAGUAGCCUGCUCACUGGAACGUGCUUCGAUAUUUGAACCACCGGCUCAGAAGGGGGCAGACGUCGAGCAGGGCAGAUGUUGGACUAACAGAGACCGAAAGGAUUCCGAGCACAUUGGACCUCCUUGGAUACUAAAAGCUAAAGUAUUUUAAUAAUUUGUUCUGUUUUUCUGGUGCCACAAGUUUGUACCUGAGAUACCAGGGUUUUAUUUUGUCUCGUUCACUGUUACAUGUGAAGGUGGGCAGCCGGUGCGGUUGACUGACUGGUCUAUCCACUGAUCAAUGAUGAACAAUUCUUUUUCUAAUGACAGGAUAAGUACCUUGCUGCUCCAUCUCUGUCUCUCUCUCAGUUCUAUUCACUGCCAAUGUUUCAGUAUUGAGGUUUCCUGCAAGUUUCUGCCCCAACUGUCCUGGCGUGGGUGGGGCCGGUAGCAAUGCUAAACCAAGAACUGUUGUCAUUGGUUCCUGGGUGAAGGUCCUGGAUCCCUAAGCAGGCUGAUGGUGUAUCGCUCACUUAGGAGCAGACGUGGUCCAGGGUCAGGGAAGACCUAGCUGAAAGGCUGAGAACCCCCAAAGAGUUGAUCUGACAGUGCUGUUGGCUGAAUGAGCCGCUUGCAUGGUGGGCCAGGAGACUCUGGGUGUAGUAGUUUUGGGGAGAAGGAGUGGGAUGGGGUGAGUUCUUUUAUCUCGCUGCUCCAGAGAGAUUGAGAAAAGAGGACUGAGAAGCCUAGGCUGGGGAAGGUGCAUCCAACAAGGAAUGAAGAGAGGAGACAGUAGAAGAUGAUGUGAAUGCCAGUGUCUCAUGGAGCAGGUACCAAGGGCUUAUGCAGGGUUCUUGGACCCAGUACUCUUGGGAGCUAAGAAUAGCCUAAAAUUAAUUCAUCGGGUAUCUCCCCAACUGGACGUCAUUGCGUUAGCAGCUGAGUCUAUUUGCACUGAAGAGGAGAUUGGGUGGGAGGGUUCCCCUAUAGGCCCUCAGGCUUCCCCCAUGCCAGUCCCUGAGUUCCAUGUUGUCUUCCUCUCAUGGUGCCAUGCUGGAACGGUGAGGGAUGAGAGAUCCACACAGACCUAGUCCCUGGGCCGUGCUAGUGGUCUUGCGUUGUCCUCUGCCACCAGCUAGGCUCUGAUUCUGAGAGUCUGCCCUGUCCUGGGACAGCCCCCUUCUCCGAGAGUGCAUUCCUAAUGCUGUUUUAAAACCUCAGUGCCACGCGUCCCCUCUGGCACUUGCAGUAACGCAAAAGCUUCCUCUUCUCCUCAGACACUAACCUCCCCCGAGAGAAGUCAGGGGCCUCUCUUUGCAGCCCCUGUUCAGUGACGGUAUUAUACAUAUGCAGUGUUGUUGCAGCCAUGUCAGUCCCAGGAUAUUAGAGAGACAAGGUGGGAGAGGCGAUAUCUUUUC